CCCUCGGUUUUGCAUGCUCACGUGUGAACCCCUGUUCUCUUCCUCUUUUUAUACCAACAUGGGUUUUAGUCGCAAGCCCAUCCUGAUUGAUGCCCGUGGGCAUCUUUUGGGUAGACUGGCAGCAGUUGUUGCAAAAACCAUUAUUAAUGGUCAGCGUGUUGUAGUGGUGCGAUGUGAAGGCAUCAAUAUUUCUGGAAAUUUCUACAGAAAUAAAUUGAAGGCUUUGAAUUACAUUAAGAAAAGAUGUAAUGUCCAGCCUAAGAGAGGACCUUUACACUUCCGGGCUCCCAGCCGUAUGUUCUACAAGGCUGUUAGAGGUAUGGUUCCCCACAGAACUGCCCGUGGAAUAUCCGCCAUGUCCAAGCUGAAGGUGUACGAGGGAAUCCCACCCCCAUUUGAUAAGCAGAAGAGAAAGGUCGUGCCCUCUGCACUCAAAGUGCUCCGAUUGAAACAGAACAGACGGUUCUGCGACCUGAACCGACUGGCCCAUGAGGUAGGCUGGAAGUACCAGGGUGUGAUUGGCGCACUGGAGGCCAAACGAAGUGUGAAGGCGAAGAAAUACUACAAGACCAAGUUGGCUACAGAUAAACUGCGACAGAAGGCUCGCGCCAACGUGGCCCCCAAGAUCGCCAAGUACCAGAAGAUCAUUGAAGGCUAUGGCUUCAGAUAAACUGUUACCUUGUCAAAUAAAGCUGACCACAGUGA